AGUUUCCAGCCAAUGGCGGCACGAUCCUUGCGCUGACAUCAGCGCGCGAGCCCGAGCUCGAGCCCGGAGCAGCCGCACGCGCUGCGCAGGCCGCGGGCAGAAGAAAAGCCUACAGCGGCGCCAUCGCCACCAUUUGCUCAAGUGACGGCUGCGCCGCUUCCCGCAGAAUGAAGGUCUUCUAUCAAGACGUCAUGUAAAGAGCCAUCUGCAGAGGUGGUAACUGAGAGAAUAUCAGCAACAGUAGAUCUGCACUAUUUUUCAAGUUGUUUAGUACAGUAUCCAGAAGAGGUAGAAGGAUCUUCUUUCUCUUACAUUAUGGAUGAGCAACCUUCUCAACAAUUUGCUGGUCAUGUUGCAGUUUCUGCAUUUCCAUCACAGAAGCCCCUGCGUCCUGAUUUGGGCCUUGGUACUCUGGGAAACUUCCAAAUAGAGAAGAAGAUUGGCCGUGGACAAUUUAGCGAAGUGUAUCGAGCAGCAUGCCUUCUAGAUGGGAUGCCUGUAGCUUUGAAGAAAGUGCAGAUAUUUGAAAUGAUGGAUGCCAAAGCUCGUCAAGAUUGCAUCAAAGAAAUAGAUCUCUUAAAGCAACUGAACCAUGCAAAUGUAAUCAAAUAUCUUGCAUCAUUCAUUGAAGAUAAUGAGCUGAACAUUGUCUUGGAACUGGCAGAUGCUGGAGAUCUUUCUAGAAUGAUAAAGCAUUUUAAGAAACAGAAGCGGCUGAUUCCAGAGAGAACAAUAUGGAAGUAUUUUGUGCAACUCUGCAGUGCUUUGGAACACAUGCAUUCUCGGCGUGUCAUGCACAGAGAUAUCAAACCUGCUAAUGUGUUCAUUACAGCAACUGGGGUAGUUAAGCUGGGAGACCUUGGAUUGGGCAGAUUCUUUAGUUCGAAAACUACAGCAGCACAUUCUUUAGUGGGUACCCCAUACUAUAUGUCCCCGGAGAGAAUACAUGAAAAUGGAUACAACUUCAAAUCUGACAUCUGGUCACUAGGCUGUUUGCUAUAUGAGAUGGCUGCACUCCAAAGUCCAUUCUAUGGUGAUAAGAUGAAUCUGUAUUCUCUCUGUAAAAAGAUUGAACAAUGUGAUUAUCCUCCUCUUCCUUCCGACCAUUAUUCUGAAGAGCUUCGACAGUUAGUAAAUAUCUGCAUUAAUCCAGAUCCAGAGAAGAGACCAGAUAUUGCCUAUGUGUAUGAGGUAGCUAAGCGCAUGCACGCACUUUCUUCAGGAAGCUAAAGUGAAUCAUGCAUCAGGAAAAAGAAAAUCCAGAAGAUAUGAACAUAAAAAUUCAGUGUUUCUGUAUUCAUUACUCUGUUUUUGUGUCUAAGGAUAGUUGUAAAGAAUUCAGUGGCAUCAUUGGAAUGAAAGUUAUACAUACCCAAAAGAAAUGAGUUCUUAAUGACAUGGUUCUAGAUGCUGAACUGCAUUUGUUUUAAUAAUUACAUCCUCUCAGUGGCCUUCUGUGUUUUAAUUCAUAUACUGUUUCCAUUUCUGUCCUUACACUUGAUAUUUUAAAAAUAAAAUUGGCUUGCCUGCAGUUUUUUUACAAUCAUAUAAAAAUGUGUUUCCUGUAGGCCUAUUGGACCAGACAUUACUGUGCCUUGUUACAUAACUCAUGCUCUUAUUUAUAGCAUUUAUUACAUCUAGUAGCUUUGUGAUAUUUUCUGUUGACCCCAUGCAUAGCUACUUGGUGACAUUGUAUCAAUUCACACCAAGUUUUGGCAUGUUAUGCAAAUCAACAUUUGGUUUGUAUGGACCAAGUUCUAAAUCGCUUGAAUGUUCCUUGUAAGUCACAACAAUGCUAACCAAAAUACAAUUAAAUGUUCAAAGACAUUUAUUGUAAAAGGUGCCUUUAUUAUUGUUUUAUAAAAGAAAACCUGCAGUUUAAUACUGUAAUUCUAUUUGCCCAUUGAUGUUAUCAUUACAAAUGAUUGUUAUUUAACCAUAUCUAUCUUGUGAAUUCAAAGCUUUACAGAAAAAACAGAAUAAUGCUUGGUUAUUUUGUCUAAUUAGCAGCAAUUUUGUACUUCCGUGUUUAUUUCCCACCUCUCCUCCCACCCCCAAUUUGACAGAAAUUAUGGAUAAUACUCUACACCAAUACAAUUCUGUGCUAUCUUCCCAAUAGAUUCACCAGAGUGACUUGGGAAUGACAUUUACUCUGACUUUUGUUUCUCCCAAGGUAGUAAAGCUGAAAUUUUUAACUUAAUGGAGAAGAAGGUAUUGGAAUUUGCCUGUUACAGUGUUGUGAUGUUCCAGUAUACAGUGCUAGCCUUUUGCCCUUGACAUUCUCAGUUUAUUAAGAAAAAAUGUUCAUAGCAGUUUGCUGUAGAGAUGUUUAAAACAUGUGAGCAUUGUAAACGCUUCCAUUUUGAUAAACGUCGACUACUGUCACACAGAAUUUGGAUUAUUUCUAUUGUGUUGGAUAACUAAUAAAUGUACUUUAUUGAUAGUGUGGGCAUUUAAUCAAUACGUUUUAAAAAUUGCUCAGUGGGGUGACUCAAAUUCAAGAUCUUAUUCUGACAGUAUGAGACAGUCAACAGUUAGAGUGACUGUCAGCAGCUAGAAAGCUAUUACCUACAUUGAGAUACUAAGGUAUGACACUAAAUUACGUGGACUCUUAAUGUCCCAGAUUCAAGGGCAUGUGCUGAAUCACCCAAUCUCAAAAGCCUGACUGUUGGAGGUGUGUUGCUACUGGGCUUAGUGAGUUUGAACUAGGAGGAAGAGUUAGUUGAGGUCUUUAUUCCAGAUCUAGAAUUGCAAUACCCCAGCUGAAAAUGUUUUCCAGGCUCAUGUGAAGAAUGGCUACUUGAUUAAAAUCUUGGAAAGUUGCCAGCACAUGUGGAACCAUAUUCACAACACAUUUUGCCUCACAUACUUAAAAAGACAAAGCAGAGGAAGAUUUGAGAUGAUAGGGCAAGGAAAAUUGUUCCUUGUUUAUGAAUAAAUUUCUUUAUAAUACAGAUUUUUUACAAUUGAUAUAUCCAUAAAAAUGUAUAAGUGGAGUGGGCAAUUUACUGUAGUCAAUCAUUUAAAUUGCCUUUAUUCUCUCUAAAAUUGAGUAUUUGCUAUAUUAAAAAUCUGUUGAGUGGUAGGGAAGUACAAGUGUAAGUUAACUUAGUGUUUGGUCCAACACAGAAUUUAUUGUGGAAUUUUAGAUCUGGGUCUUAAAGUAUGCCUUUAUAGGCACAUAAAAUACCUUUGUUUAUACAUGACCCUGUAAGAAACUGAAACUUCAAGUAAAAUGUAUAUUUUAUGUAGACAAUGUAUCUAGAAGCUGCACAUUUUAAUUCCUUGUCAUUUUUUCACUUUGUUUAAAGAGAAAUAUUAUGUGAAAUUAUAGCUAAAGCAUCAUCCUCUUUCCAGGCCUCAGUGAUGGAUAUUACAUAUUUUAAGCAAAAACAGAUUUGGAUUUUGUUCCCUAUUCCCAUAUAAGUAUUGUAAGAUGUCAGCCAAAAAGAUGCUGUAUGAGUAGGAUGAAGUGAUAUCGCACUGAUCAACAAUAUAAUAUUUUACUGUAUCAGUUUUUAAAAAAGGAAAUGUGUUAAAUUUGCCCGAUGGUCUCUCAGUAUUUGUGACAUUAAUUCAAUGGGUGCAUACUUGGUCACAGAAUUUCUGUAUCUUGAAAUUUCUUUUUAAAGUGUUGUGUGCUUUACCGACUUUCUUCUGAAUUACUGUUGUUAGCAUUAUAAUUUUCACUUCAGAUUGUCUCUUUUAAGUCAAAUAAAACUGUUUUUAAAAUAAGUAUAUCAUAUUUUAUCAGCCAGGAUUGUGUUGUGAAUAUAACCAAGUAUUAAAUUGUUUUUUUAGUCUUUUUCAAUCCUUGUGCAUCUAUUACAAAGGAGUUCUUUUGGAGAAAAAAUAAGUCUGACAAAAUGUGCCCAUGUAUUUUGCAGAAGUGUUGAAAAGAUUUCUAUAUAACUGGAAUCAAAUGCAGAUUGAUAAAGAAUAUGUAGGAAAGGUUCCACUGCACAGCUUCGCAAAAUGUUCUUCAUUAGGCAUUCUUCAAAAAUUAACAAGGGAAAAUACAUAUGUUAGGAAAUGGUUUGUGUAAUGAGUUCUGAGAACAAAGCCACUUUUUUUUGCCAAUCUAUAGGAUGUAUCUAAAGAUGAAUUUGCUUUUGUUUUAAUUUAUCUUUAUUCAACGCCAAAUAUAACAAAUGCUACUUGCUAAUAUUAAAUUUACAGAUAGUGUGUAUUUUUUAAAAGUCUGUACCUAUUUUGUAUUUCUGACAUAUCCUUUGAUAUAAUUGAACAAAAAUGUGGUAGAUUUCUGUUCCAUUUCCUCUCCCUCAGACGUGCGCAUGCACAUUUUUGUAGAUUUACUGACAUAAAAAUCUGGUGAUAUUUCUGUUCAUCUUAAUGUUAUUCACCUUUUGUUUAAAGCUUUAUCUUACAAAUGAGCAUUGAUAUCGUAUUCUGAAAUCUGGCUUAAUACAUCAAUUAGAAGUAAUGUUUGCAAAGUCAGCUUCUGAUUUAUUUAUCUGAUCAAUAACAAUUUAAGUAAAUUAAUUAGCUAGAAUUGAUGACAUGCCUACCAGCAUAACAAAGGAUACUUUGAGUAGUAUUGUACUUAUUUCUUGAAUUUCUAAUAGAUAAUUUCUUGUUCUAUGGAAUUGCUGAUUGUCAUUUCAUAAGGACUUGAAUAGUUUUUUUAAUUUCAAUUCUUUAAAGUUCAUGUGUUUUUAUUGUCACCAUAUAUUAUUUGAUGUGAAUGCUGCUGUUGUUAACCUAGAUGAUAUUUCUUUUAAAAAUGCAGCUAUUCUGUUACCAAUAUGACUGUUUGAAUUAGUUCCUGAUUUUUUCAAAUUUAUGAAGAAACCAUCUCCGUAAUAUGUCAAAUGUUUAUAAAGGAAUUUGAUGAAAUCUAAAAGGCUGACUUAUAGAUUUGUACUACAAUUAAUUAUGUGAAUCUAAGUUUGAAAUUGUAACAUUUGAUUUUGAUAAUCUACAUCUAAAACAUGAAUAGAUUUCUAUCCUCCACUUCUGACAUGUUCUGUGUUGGCCUCUUUAUUUGUGUCUAUGGGGAGCAGAAUCCAUUUCUUAUAAGUCACUAUACAUUAGGUGGUGAUCUAUAAAUUUGAUUGAGUUUUCUUUUCAAAAUCCUUUCUAAUGAUGAAAAUCUGCAAAAGCUCUAAUGAAAUUAAAUUUAAAUGUGGUAUAUGGUAUGUUCUGAUGUAGAAUGUACUUAAUUUGCAUUUUCAGAUUUCUCAAAGUGUACAAUUUCAACUUCAGCAAAACCUUUGUUUUAAUUUCAAAGAAUGUGCAAGUACAAAGUAGGCACUUUCAGAGUUGAAAAUCAUUUAAUUUUUUUGAUGCUGUUUAAAGCUGUUUGAUCCCAUAUACUUCGGGAGUGCUGAUUAAAAUAAUGAGCUCUGUAUGCAGAAAAGCAAUUUGACAGUGAGUACAUGGAUAAUAAAGCUUAUUGAGGAGA